UAACCGACCACAUACGAAGUACCGUUCAGUAUUCGGUUUGUCUCCAGCGUUAGAGGGACGUGUGUCGCGUGUCAGGUCUAGCGUUAUUUGCGUACCUGCCCAUCACCUGUUGACGCGCGUCGCGUAAUUCCGGUUUUAUCGAGAGUUUCGGAACUCCUCCAAGCAUGGCGUUCAACAAAGAUGAAAUGCACGCACCGACCUGGAUGGACCAGGCCUUCUUCGAGAAGGUCCUGAAACACUCGGAGAACGACUCGACGGUGACCGUUGGCGCGUUGAAGAUCGUUCCCGGAUCCAAGGUGGGGGAACAUUACGCCAGCAUCAUCUUCCGGGCAGCGGUUAGCUACCGGAGCCGUGGAAAGGACCUCGAAACUUCGCUCAUCGUGAAGACCAUUCCGGCCGAGGAGGGUAUGAAGAAGGAGUUCCUGAAGAACGGGGCGCUUUUUGAGACGGAAACGCUCAUGUACAACACUGUCGUGCCGGAGAUGUAUCGGCUGUUGAAGGCCGCCGGAGAUGACACCGAGCUGGGACCGAGGCUCCUCUACAGCUCCAGCGAUCCGCACUGGGUGAUGGUUUUCAGUGACCUUGCCGUGCGUGGUUACACCGUCAAAUCUGGCCAGAUGGACCUGGAAGAGUCCAAGAUGCUGUACGCCAAGUUGGCCAGAUGGCACGCCGCUUCCACUUAUCUCGCCGACUCGCUGCCCGUCAUGAAAACUCUGGACAAAGGUCUCGGAAACAUGGACAUUAAGGAAUUCAAGCCCAUGUGGACGAGCUACAUCAUCACGCUGUCUGAGGUGUGUCGGGAAUGGCCCGGCUACGAAAGCUACGGCGAUCGGCUGGAGCAAAUUAGUGAGGCAAUUUUCGAUAAAUUAAAGAAUGUCUACACUCUGGACGAAUCGACGAGGUACCACGUGCUGAACCACGGAGAUUUGCAUUCUAAAAAUUGCAUGUACCAAAUUGUGGAAGGAAAAACCGAAGAUAUUUUAUUGCUCGACUACCAAAUCAGCAUGUGGGGAUCUCCGGCUGUGGACUUGAUUUACUCGAUGUACAACUCAGUCAGCUAUGAAACCCGAAACAGUCACCGUGAUGAGCUGAUCAAGUUCUACUAUGACGAAUUUGUGGCCACAUUAAACAGAUUUGGCUAUCUGAAAAAGAUUCCAACCCUCGUCGACCUACACGUGGAAAUUACAAAAUGUGGCCAUUUGGAAACCUUCCUCAUUUGCACCUUCCUGCCGUUCAUGAUGCUGACGAUGGAGGAACUGAUGCCACAGCCGCCGCCAAAUGCGGAGGAGGGCGUCGAGUUUGACUUUGCCGAUGCGGAUAAGAUGAAGGAGAUGAUCAGACACUGCAUGACGCAUCCAAAGUGUGAAACGGCCUUGAAGAAGUAUUUGCCCAUGCUGCUGCACAAGGGUUUGCUCGAUGUUUAAAGAAGUAUUAAAUU